AUGCAGGUUGGCCAGGUGGUUGGUGGUACACUUCCCAUGUUGUGGAAUGCUUCAAUUUAUAAGAUAAUUCGAGCGAUUUGGAAUGCGAAUAUCGAAGAUUUGCUACCUCAAGUUGAUCAAGUAGCAAUUAUGGAAUAUUAUAACGAGAAAACUAUAGAAGAAAAUGAAGAUGAAAAUUUUUUUAGCAAAUUAUGGAAUCUAAUUAAACGACUUUUCGGAGUAACUAAAGAAGAAUAUCAGUGUUAUGCGAAUGAACCACGAUGUAUACGUCUUGCAGUAAACGAUUUAAGCAAAAGAGAAAGAAUACUGUUGGAUGAAUUUUUUAAAAACGAUAAUCUUACGGAGAUUGUGAAGUUUAUCGAAAAUAAACUAAGCCAUAAUCCUGAAACAUUAAGAGAAUUUUAUCAGUGGCAAGCGAAAAAUGUCGUACCCGAAGCGUUAAAAGAAAUUAUUACAAGCCUAACGCAAGCGCAAAAGAGGUAA